AACCCCCCCCCCCCCCCAUUGCCUUCCACUGCCCUCUCGGAUUUCCCAUCCCAGCGGGAGUCCUGAGCAACCAGCCGGUGUGUCCGACAUUUACUUGGCUGUCAUGCUGACCCUCUGGUUUCAUUAUUUUCUAUGUCUCCCAGUACCCUGCAAUCUGGUCCCCCGGACCCUGCAUUCACGAUAUCAUUCACCCUGCAUUCUAUAUCUGGUCUCCCCGGACCCUGCAUUCACUAUAUCCGGUCUCCCCAGGACCCUGCAUUCACUAUAUUUGCUCUCCCCCCCGGACCCUGCAUUCACUUAUCUGGUCUCCUCGGACCCUGCAUUCACUAUAUCUGGUCUCCCCAGACCCUGCAUUCACUAUAUCUAGUCUCCCCGGACCCUGCAUUCACUAUAUACGGUCUCCCCCGGACCCUGCAUUCACUAUAUCCGGUCUCCCCGGACCCUGCAUUCACUAUAUCCACUCUCCCCAUGCAUUCACUAUAUCCGCUCCCCCGGACCCUGCAUUCACUAUAUCCGGUCUCCCUGGACCCUGCAUUCACUAUAUCC